UUUGCCUCUUUCGUCCGUCAAGUUUCCAGCGCUUUGUGUGUGCGAGAACUGCCUGUAUUUGAGAUGCUGACGAGAUUACCACGACGGGUUGCUGCUGCUUGCGGACGGACGGAACACACAUUUCGGAACGUGAGGAGAAUCGCAGUAACCUUGGUUUGUUCGGGUGUGCUCAAAAUUCAUUUUUUCGGUCGCAUUUCCGCGUGCUGACAAACCGGAAGUUAUUGCUUGUGUGCACAAAUGAUGCGGUAGUGUUUCUUUUUUGUUUACGACUGUUUGAGAAAGAAUAAUGUUAUGAAUUAGUACGGUGUCACGGAUUUUUCAUCGACGACGUUGUCACGAUAGAGAAGCAACGAUUAAGCAACAUUUUUUUUCGUGGAGCAGAACAAGGGAAGGGGAUCUAAACAAAGAAGAAGAAAGGUGGUUCAGCUCUGUGACGACGGAUAUUUUUUUUGCGAAAAUUACGGUUCGAGUGCGACUACGUAAUGAAUGAAAUCGAGGUGAAGCAGGAAAAUGUGGACGUGGAUAUGCAGCAUCAGGGCGGGACUGCUGUCAACGAUGAAAAUGGUGGUUCUGACCAGGAAAUUGUGGUCGGAAUCGAUGAGGAUCACAUAAAUUUUCUGACCAGCAUGGCGUCCGAUGAUGAUUCACUGGAUUGCCCACCGGAUAUAGGUGGAUGUGAUAGAAUGAGUUACGCAGAUCCAGGUGAAGAAGAGGAUGAAGAUAUUAUGGCUGCUGCAGAGUCAAUUUUAUCAAGAACAGCAGAACGGACAAACCAGCCAAUAUAUCACUGCGAGUACUGCAAUAAAGCCUUUACUUGGCUCAAAUCCCUCACGGUACAUCUUCGCACUCAUACAAACGUAAAGCCAUAUAAAUGCGAACUGUGCGAUAGGUCGUUCGUACGAUCCGAUUAUCUUAAAUACCAUAUUAUAAAGUCCCAUGAAACCAACGAACAAGUUUUCACCUGUACUGCAUGUUCCGGAGUUUUUGCAACUAACCGAGGUUUACUGAGACACAUUCGAACAGAGCAUGAUGGCCAAGCCGAACGGAGAGAAGUUAGUACUACGACUGCAGAAUGUCCUUCGGAUAAUGAAUCCUACGGUGAAGUCGAUGAGCAUGGAAAGUUUGCCUGUACUUACUGCGACGAAUCAUUUGAUACUCGCGACGCAUUGGUUAGUCACAUGAAACGUCACUUGGGCGUUAAACCAUUCCGCUGUGAUCUUUGUUCCAAGUCUUUCAUACGGCAAGAUUUCUUACAAUGUCACCGUUCUAAUCAUUUGAAAACAAUGGACUUCAAACACAACGGAUUUUCGACGGAAUCCUCCAAACGACCACGAAUCAGCCUGAAGAAAAUGGAGGACCUGGUUCAAUCCAAUUCCGUUUCAAGGGCGGAGUCUAGUGAGGAGGAGGCGGACGAUGCAGGUGCGAGUUCUUCCGAUAGCGAGAACCGGAACACAGAAGUAAGCGAAGAACAGAGAAGUUUGCUAGCGGCGUUGUUGAAACAGGUCUCCAAAGCAGACAACGAUCAGCUUCAGUGUCCGCGGUGCGAGCACACGUUUCCAGAUAUGUCGUCUUUGAAGAUACAUCUGCGAACGCAUACCGCAAUCACUCCGUUCAAAUGUCCGCUGUGCAGUUUAGCAUUCAUUCGAUCCGACUAUCUGAAGAAUCACCUAAAAAAGCACAUCGAAGACAACGGCGAAGAUCCCGGAGCGCCCGGUGCUAUUGAUACCUCGACGUUAGCUUUCAGUAUGUCUUCGUUCGCCAGCACGUCAUCGAUACCAGCCGCAACGUCAUCGCAAUCGUUGCUCAAACCGAUCGGUGCUCGGCCACAGUCGACGGGAAUAUCACUGCUCAAACCGCCUGAGGAAAGAAAGCCUCCCGAUCAGCAGGAAUACUGCAUUCGCACCGAUGACGGCAAGUUCAUGUGUACGGUAUGCGAGCGGGUGUUCUCUCAUCAGCAGACCGUACGUAUCCAUUUUCGGAUACACACCAACGAAAAACCGUACAAAUGUAGUCACUGUUCCGAAUCGUUUAUUCGAUCAGACUAUCUGGAGCGGCAUAUGAAGGUGCACUGGAAGGACGGUCCAGGAAUACUUCCCGCGAUAGUAGGGCGGAGUUCACUGGUUCCCUUUGGAACAUCCGAUAGUAGCGAUUCAACGAGCCCCCAGAAACUAACCAUCGGUCGAGCUGGUUUACUACCGGAGAACUAUCACUUCGUCGAAGCUGGUGAUGGUCAGUACGCGUGUAAAAUUUGCGAACAAGUAUUCACCCAUAGUGAUUCAUUGCGGAAACAUGCACUAACCCACACAGAAGAAAAACCCUUUUUCUGUGAUAUUUGUGAUCGUUCUUUCAAUAGAGUUGACUAUCUGAAGGAACAUUUCAAGUCAAAAAGACAUCGACAAGCGCUGGCUGAAACAAACGGAGAAACGAUAGAGGACGAUGAUGAUUCCACUACCGAUACGAGUCUUACAGGGCGAAUGGCCAAAACGAAGUCUCCUAUCAGCCCGAUGACUAAUGCUUUGGCAGAGCGAAUAGAAUUUCAGCGAACGGAUGAUGGUCGCUACAAGUGUUCGGAGUGUGACAAAACAUUCGUGACUGCAGUGACACUUAAAAUGCAUUUGCGAUUGCACACAGGUGAGAAACCGUACAAGUGCAGCAUGUGCAGUAUGGCAUUCAUUCGAUCGGAUUAUUUGAAAACGCACGAAAAAAUUCAUCGACAGGAAGCAUACAUGAGUCACCGGCAGAUGAGGGUUAAGGAGGAUGAUGACGAUGACGAUGACGAUGGUGGCAAUAGGAGCUCUGGCGAUGAGUCAGGAGACGAGACACGGAUGCGUCCUGUUCAUACGACGGGAGAUUAUAAUGGUAGGCUGGAUAUCAAGCAAGAUGCAGGCAUGCGAAUAGAUAAUAAUGCUACCGUGGACAACGAGGAAGAAGCCGAAGAAGAGGAAGAGGAGGACGACAGCGAAGAUGAACAGGUCAUUGAAGUGAUGGUUAAGGAGGAGGAUUCCGAUGAUGACGAAACUGAAGAGGAAGACGAUGAAGGGGAGGAAAACCAGGACCAACAUCAAGAGGACGAUGAGGAAAAUGAUAACAAUAAUAGCUAUGAGAACGACGAUAGCGCAUCGAGGGCGAGUGGUGGUGCAGGUUCCGAACCAGCAGGACCCAAAUUGAAACACCGCUGUCAUGUUUGCAGAAAGGAGUUUGCCUGGCCGAAAUCGUUGAAAAUUCACCUUCGAACGCACACCGGAGAGCGACCGUACGAAUGUGAAGUUUGCGGAAAAAGUUUUACCCGUUCUGACAGUUUGAAGGCACAUCGCAAUACGCAUGGCGAUGUGCGAGUGCUUCAGUGCCAUUUGUGUGAAGCGAGCUUUACGAACGAGAGCGGUCUGAUACGACAUCAAAAAUCGGAACAUGGCAUAGAACCGUUGGAUGUGUGAGAGAAGAUUCUAGCGUUAGCGUACUGUACCUCAAAACGAAUUGUUGCCACCAUGUUCGUCCAUUCACUUUGUCACAAAGUUACAAACAAAGAUGACAAUACCAUUGGGGAAGCACCACCACUUAAAAUUUGAAACACGAUAUUUGUCAACACUGCACGUAAUAUUAACAAGUCGACUCAUGGGCCUAGUCGCAAACACACAUACCCUCCUCCCUUUUAGCAGUUAGUUACAAGCUCUGCGGUUUUAGAAUCACAUCUUGUUAAUAGAUUACGAUAUGUAUGUAUAGUAGUAUAUGAAGAAAUUUGAAUUUCUUACUUUUCAUGGUUUUAUGAUUAUUAAUAUGGACACUUGGUUGAUAGUAACGCAGAGGCGUUGAAGUCGUUGGAGUGAAAUCCUGCGUGAAUGUUCAAAUCAAAUGCUGUGCACAUUUCUCUGGUGUCCACAAGAAAGAUUGAAUUUUAAUAUACAUAAAAAAUUGUUUGUGUCAAGAAAAAAUCACUAGCAUUUGUUUUUCGUCUCUGACAUUUUCCAGUGUAUAAUAAAAUAGAAUCGAAACAAAAAAUGAUUGCAUAAAUUUUAUAUGCAAAUGAUUCCGGAGAAUGUUAGAUUUUCCACGAAGUAUGUAUAUUUGUAUUAAUUGAAAAUUAAAUUGUGUAUUACCAAAAUAUCAAA